AUGACCACUCCGAACAAACACGAAAAGGAGGUCAAGGAGCAGGAAAUGACAUCACAAACCACAAUGAACUAUGGAAAUCUUCUUUUACAUGUGGAAGAUGAAGAGGAUGUGGAUUCUGUGUUCUUUUUGGACCAUGAAUCUCCCUGCAAAACAACCACUAAUGCUACGACCCGAGAAUCGACCUCGACUUUCGGCACUGGGGUUUCUACAAUCAUGGAAUCUCUAUCUCCAAAAGAUUUGGCAGCAUUGGCAAGCCUCCUCAAGCCUCUCUUGAUAAGUCAGGAAAAUGAAAUGAAGCACAAAGUACAGGGUGGCGAUUUGGAAGAAUGUCCACUGCAUCCAUUGCGGACGUCACGUGAGAUGUUGUCGAAGGAAGAUGAGACCAGAGACAAGAAUAAAGACGAGGCAAAAUGGCACAAUCCCUUUGGGGAAAGCACAUACUCUCUCCUCUAUUUGUGCAGUGUGGAUAGUGUGGCAUUCUGGUAUGCCGUUUUGGUCUAUGUCAUCCAGAUCACAACCAUUCUGCUGACACUGAUUGACAUUGUUGACUGGGGUGGAAAUGGACUGGAUAUGCCACCCAAUGUUGACUUUAUCGUCACCAUUGCUCAAGGUGUCGCGCUUUUCCUGGCCAUUGCUUUCCAAUCAGACCUCCUCGAAGUUGUGGGAAAAUUUAAAGAUGGCUUCCAUCCAGAGGUGCUCGAAAAGCAUCCUGGAGCAACCUAUGCUACUUGGCUGGUUUCUUGCAUUGCUCAGCUUGUUGCUGGUCUCCUCCUACUUUUGACCAUAUACAUUUUGACCAUGCAAGUUGACAGCGUAUUGGCCAUCAUGCUCAAUUUUGCCGCUCUCCAUUUCAUGGCGGAUAUUGACAAUGUGGCAUUCGACCUCGCCAAGGCAGGCUUUAUGGGAAACCUUCUUCAGAGUGCUGCCAAUGAUGUAACAGACUUCCAAGUUCGAAAGCAGUCAGUAGAGCAAGGAUUUCUACAACGUUCGUGGAAGGCUGGUGUUUUCCUGUUAAUCCUUGUUGUUAUGAUCGCUGGAUAUGUUGCCAUUGUGGUCUUUCGGACAUCAGGCAAAUACAUGUGCAACAGCAUCAUUGUGAAUAUGGGAGAUAACUUUGUCCCCUCCCUAGGAACUUUCAAUGGCCUCUAUGACCUGGAUUUCUCUGCAGGCUUUGGGCUGGAGUGGCGAGCGGAAUAUGUGGAGAGACGUUCUAUGGAGAUUGGUUCUUCUGGAAAAGGUGUUUUGGGGUACUGUAAUGACAUCAAUGCUUGGACAUUUCGGGUGCAACAAAAUGACAACAAGAAGGAUUCAGAUCCUUGUGACUGGAUUGCCAGAUCAUCUGAAACCGACACCUAUGAUAUCACAGAGACUGGGCGAAUCCAGUGGUUUGUCCGUGAUGCAACAAACCACGAAGUGGUACUGGAACCAUUCAGCCUCUUUUGCUUUGACUGCUCCAAUGAGGAUGCGGAAGGAAGUGAUGACUGUGGUGGGAAAGGAACCUGCAGCAAUGCUGUCUGUGAUUGUGAAGAUGGCUGGUAUGGGCCCAGAUGUGAAUUUGUCAGCCCUUGCCCCUGGAUCACCAUUGAUGCUCGGACUGAUAAGUUUGCGAGUACCAGGGAUUGGGCAAGCAAUUACCAGUCCAUUGACUUGGGCAAUGGUUCACUGGUGGAAGCUUACCACCGACCAGUCUACAUCCAUGAAUACAGUGAUGGCGAAUAUGAUGUUGUCAUGUUCACUGGUGGGCGUUGGGCUUUGACUUCUUCUGUUCUCUUGCCUCAUGCCGGAAGGAUCCCUUCCAAUGCUCUAUCUGAUGUCCAGGAAGAUGUGGGUUCUGAUAUUGGAAACUUCUUCAAGUAUUUUUUCCACGCAUACAAUGGCUACAAUGGCAACUACAUGGUUGCUUUUCUCAGUGAUUACAUGCAAGUGGGAACUCAGCUAGACUCUAGUUCUCCUGUUGGCUUAUCUUGGUAUGCAAUAACCAAUGAGGCUACAGCUGAAGACGAGAACCAGGGAACUGGCAAGUUGGUUGAUACAGAGUUUCUCUGCCAUGUUUGUGAUAGUGAUUCAAACCCAUGCCUGUACGAUGGAAAGUGCAACAAUGGGACAUGUGAAUGCAAUCUUGACUCCUUUGGGAGUCUGUGUGAAGAACCUCCAGUCAACAAUGGUCACUGUGACCCCUUUUUCAACACACCUGGGUUCAAUUUGGAUGGUGGUGAUUGCUGUGAAUCUACUUGCGUGAGCACAUCCCAAUAUGUUUGUGGAGCCGAAAAAGAUGGAUAUGUCAGCACUGGGUACUUCUACUGCAAGCAACCAAAAGAUGAGUGGCAGCAGAUCAAUGACUUCAAUGGAGACGCCGGCUCUUUUUAUGGUUCUUCCUUGGAUCUUUCAAUGGGGGCAAUGGCUGUUUCUGCAGUAUACCACGACACUGUGCGGCUAUAUGACAAAGUUGGAUCCUCCUGGGUGCUCAGAGACACCAUUAUUGGAACUGUUGAUACAGGUUUUGGGUGGAAUGUAGCCCUCUCCUCUGGGCCGUUUAACGUUGUCAGCAAUCCAAGCUUCAGAGCCUCCCUUACUGUUGCUGUUCAGGAUGUCAUCACUAAGUCAGUUUAUAUCUACAAGUGCAACGAUGGUUGCACUCAAACCCAGGAGAUUCCAUUGGUCUCUGAGUUCGACCUGUCAGAUGAUGGGGCUGUUCUCGCAAAAUCCCACUUUAUAUCAAGUGACCAGGCUCCCAAAGUGAUUCAAGUCUAUAAGGCCCAAGAGGAAAUAUUUGAGUUCCGCGCAAAUGUAACUAUCACAAGAAAUGGUAUCCUGGCUGAUGUCUAUUCCUUGUCAUUGAGUGAAGAUGGCAGCAAACUGGCUGUGCAGACACACGUGUCAGUGUUUGACUCAGGGAACAACUCUGACAUGGUAUCAGAUGACUACAUUGUGGUCAUGACCUGGGAUGAGUUCACUGGUGAAUAUGUUCAGGAGAUUGAGUUUUGGUUUGAGUCCGGUGAGAAAACCAUGGAUCACCCCUUGUCAUUGGCAUUGAACCAAGAUGGCACUGUCCUUGCCUAUGGCUUCCCCGAAUGUGAAGGGAAUCAACUACACAUCAAAGAGGUCGAUGAUGGAGGAGAGUGGGUGCCUCGGGCUUCCCCCGCAAAAAACAUCACUGGCUGUAUUCAGAGUUUCGUCCCCCAGAACAACAAUGCCUUGGCAGUAUCUGGUGAUGGAUCCAUGGUUGCCUUCAGGGUUGGUACCAAGGUUGGAGUUUUUGUCUGGGAAUCCACAACUGAAUCCUGGGAUGAUGUGAGUGAUCCUUUUCCGUUGACCCACUACUCCGUUGCCUUGUCUUCCAAUGGCAAGGAGCUGGCAAUUGGAGCUCCAACAGGUGGUAUUGGUGGAGUCACAACGGUCUACUCACUGCCAGGAAAAAAGGAGUGCCCCACUGGCAUGUCACUCCUACGCCUUUCACUGACUCUCGAUUCUCUACCUGGAAGUUUGGGGUGGAACCUCAUUAACAACCGCACAGGAGAGAUCCUGUUUGAGCAAGACUCUUACCCACGAGAAUACACAUUCGCAACAAUCUUGGAGGAGACCUGUGUCCCAGCUGAUUCUUGCUAUGUCUUCACAAUUUACGGCAACGUCAACCGUGGCUUGCUCGCCCCUGGUCAGUAUGCAAUCUUUAUGGAUGGGGUGAAUGUAGCUCAGGGAGCCUUUAGUGGGGUUUUUGGAAGAGAGGAGUUUGGAAGCUGUGCCUCUUGCCCCCCCGGUACAGAGCUGUUUAGCAUGUUGAUGUUGACAUGCGGACCCAUGGAGUUGGUGCUGUUGAAGUUGAUUGAUCAAGGAGAAAAUGGUGUUGUACUCCACGUAGAUGAUACGUUUGAUGGGGCAUAUGAUGAUACCGUGUAUGAGGCCUGCAAUGAACAUGACGACUGGAACUGUGGAAACAUGAUACCAGUUUCUUAUGAUGCAUGCCUGGACCCCACAGAAUGCUAUGGGGUGUUUGUUCGUUCCCCAAGAAAGUACACUGCAGACCUUGAGCUGGUGUUUGGGAAGGAGAGAGUCCAUGCAAACUCAAUUGCAGUUUGCCAGGGGCAGACAUUUCAUGUGGGCAAGGAGGGCAAGUGCGAUCAAGAAGACUGGUUCAAUCGCAAGCUCCAAGUGUUUGCCAAUUAA